AUGUCCACGAUUGACGAGUUCUCGCUGGCCGUAGAGCCAGCGACCGCUCCGCGCCCUCCGGUCUUCGCGUUUUGGGAAAGCACCGGGGGCGAUAGCGCAGAGGUGUUGCUGCGCUGGCACCCAAAGAUGCCACAGGAGCUGCCGAAGGAGGAGGAGCCGAUUUGCACGGUGCAGCUUUGCAUUCGCGGCGAGACGCCGGAAUUCUUGGAAGCGACCUUGCAGCAGCACCACCUGGCGCGAGUGGUGUGGACCGAAAGGCACUUGGAGCGCCUCAUGGCCGUGAUGGCCAGGCAGAGGUUGGGGGAGCCGCCCCACCAGGACGACCUACGGCUUCGGCGCGCGCCUGGCCGUAUGGUCAUCGACGUGCACUUCCGGGACAAAGCUGCACCGCUGGGGUGCGUGGUGGAGAUCCUGAAUGCGUACUCGUCCGGGCGGUCUCAGCGGAGUGAGGUGGUGGAGCUCUUGAGGGCUGCCUCCAGAGCGCAGCAAGUGCAGCAGGCAGCGCUGCAGGAGAGCACGGAGAAUUUGGAGGCCAUGCGCCGAUCCCUCGCUCGCCUGGACUCCGAGUGGGCAGAUGCCAAGGCGGCCGCUGAGAAGCGGCACCGUGGCCUGCUGCAGCGCUUCGCGCUGGUGCUGCAGGCAAAGAUCGACAAGGCGAGAUCGAGAGAACUCGUAGGAAAGAGACGACUACCCUACACCUGA